AAUUGGUUAUUGGCUGUUUGUUUCUGCUUGUUUACAGGUUGCACGGCCGAUACCAUGAAAUGGCACCAAAUGUUGUGCCCAUGGACUAUACAAAGGAUCCAGAUGUUAAACUACCUAUGCAGCUUAUCAUAAACAUGCCUGAGCUGAAGGAGAAUCCCUUCAAAGAAAGGAUUGUGGAGUCUUUCUCAGAAGAUGGAGAGGGGAGCCUGAGCUUCAAUGACUUUGUGGAUAUGUUCUCCGUGCUCAGUGAAAUGGCUCCCCGCGAGCUUAAAGCAAUCUAUGCCUUUAAGAUUUAUGAUUUUAACACAGAUAACUUCAUUUGUAAAGCAGACUUGGAAAAAACCCUCAAUAAGCUGACCCGGGAAGAGCUGACAGCGGAGGAAAUCACUCUGGUUUGUGAGAAGGUGAUAGAAGAAGCUGACAUGGAUGGUGAUGGGAAAUUAGGAUUUGCAGAUUUUGAAAACAUGAUUUCCAAGGCACCAGACUUUCUCAGUACUUUCCACAUAAGAAUCUGAAGAUGUUUCUGCCAGUCCAGCCUUUCUGAAUCUCAGGCACUCCAGGGACUUUUGUCCUCUAAUGAGGGCUUCUUAGAACUCAGCAAAAAGUACUGAAAGAAUUCUGGUCCACAAAGAGACAGAAGCAUCAUGUGAUCUACAGGAUAUUUGCAACAGACACAUUUUUAUCUUCUCUGCUGGCCAAGCACUCUGGAAAAGAUGGUUGGUUGUUGGAUCAUGGUAUUUCUUUUUUCCCCCCCCUUUUUUUUAACAGUCAGAAUCAGAAUAUUAUUGAACGUAUUUCCACAGAGUUUUUAUAUUUGUGAAUAUUUAAUACUGCUCUUAAAAGUGAAAAAAAACCCACAAAAACCCAAACCAAACCAACCAAACAAAGAAACAAAAAAACCACCAAAAAAAUCCCCAAAACUGAGAGAUUAGCUUUGGUGUGUUUUCCAAGAGUAUUUGGAAGGAAGCAUGGGCCUUAAAUAAUGAGAUGCCUCUAUCACUGUGUUGUACAGCUGGGAUCUUGCGUGGAAAAUACCUGAGGUGAAAGAAUUGCAGUCAAGAUCAAGCUCCCAGUGUUGAAGACAGCCACAGCCCAGGUUUGCCUUUCAGCCGCUAAAAUGGCGACUGCUGGGUUUGGUGCUUACCUUCAACCGAUACUUUAUGGAUUGUUGUGUCCUUAUAAAACUUGAAAUAUUUGCCUUUUGUAUAUGAUAACUGUGUACGUGAUGAAUUUCUUCCCAAGAUAAAUGUUUAAACAGUGUCCUUAUUCUCGAAGGGGCUCCUGCAUUUUACUCAUUCUAUGGGCUGAUAAUGUUCUUGAAUGGAGGAACAUGGUCAUCUAUAACUCAUGAAGAAAUUGAAGAAGCACAGAACUAUUAAGAACAUGAAAAGAUAUUUUCUUUUGAAACAAGCUAUGCAAUCUCUCCCAUAAAAUGCAUUAAUACAGUUCUAUCUUU